UCCUCUUUCCUCGCUCAAGAUGGCGCUGCUCGCGGUACACACUUGGCGUUGGGCAGCCGCGGCGGCUGCUUUCGAAAAACGCCGGCACUCGGCGAUUCUUCUCCGGCCUCUAAUUUGUGUCCGCGGCUCGGAUCCUCAAUGGAGAGCACCUCAGCGCGCCGCCUCGGGAACUACUCGGAUCUACCAGCAGAUCCCAGAGUCAUUAGGAAAUACCACAAAGCAGAGAUUGGGAAAAGGCAAUUCAAGAGAAUUAUUAGAUGCUACAAAGGCUCUCCAGGCAUGGCCACUGAUAGAAAAGAGAUCAUGUUGGCAUGGUCAUGCAGGAGGAGGACUCCAUACGGACCCAAAAGAAGGGUUAAAAGAUGUUGAUACUCGGAAAAUCAUAAAAGCAAUGCUUUCUUAUGUGUGGCCUAAAGACAGGCCAGAUCUGCGAGCUAGAGUUGCCAUUUCCUUGGGAUUUUUGGGUGGUGCAAAGGCCAUGAAUAUUGUGGUUCCAUUCAUGUUUAAAUAUGCUGUAGACAGCCUCAACCAGAUGUCGGGAAACAUGCUGAACCUGAGUGAUGCACCAAAUACAGUUGCAACCAUGGCAACAGCAGUUCUGAUUGGCUAUGGUGUAUCAAGAGCUGGAGCUGCCCUUUUUAAUGAAGUUCGAAAUGCAGUGUUUGGCAAGGUAGCCCAAAAUUCAAUCCGAAGAAUAGCCAAAAAUGUUUUCCUGCAUCUGCACAACCUGGAUCUGGGUUUCCACCUGAGCAGACAGACGGGAGCUCUGUCUAAGGCAAUUGACAGAGGAACAAGGGGUAUCAGUUUUGUCCUGAGUGCUUUAGUGUUUAACCUUCUUCCCAUCAUGUUUGAGAUGAUGCUUGUCAGUAGUGUUUUGUAUUACAAAUGUGGUACCCAGUUUGCAUUGGUAACUCUUGGAACACUUGGUGCAUACACAGCAUUCACAGUGGCAGUCACACGAUGGAGAACUAGAUUUAGAAUUGAAAUGAACAAAGCGGAUAAUGAUGCAGGUAACGCUGCUAUAGACUCACUGCUGAAUUAUGAAACUGUGAAGUAUUUUAAUAAUGAAAAUUAUGAAGCACAGCGAUAUGAUGGAUUUUUGAAGACAUAUGAAGCUGCAUCUUUGAAAAGUACCUCUACUCUGGCUAUGCUGAACUUUGGUCAGAACGCUAUUUUCAGUGUUGGCUUAACAGCUAUAAUGGUGCUCGCCAGUCAGGGAAUUAUGGCAGGAACACUUACCGUCGGAGAUCUUGUAAUGGUGAAUGGACUGCUUUUUCAGCUUUCAUUACCUCUUAACUUUCUGGGAACUGUAUAUAGAGAAACUAGACAAGCACUCAUAGAUAUGAACACUUUAUUUACUCUACUCAAGGUAGACACUCGAAUUAAGGACAAAGUGAUGGCAUCUCCCCUUCAGAUCACACCACAGACAGCUACGGUGGCCUUUGAUAAUGUCCAUUUUGAAUACAUUGAGGGGCAAAAAGUCCUUAGUGGAUUAUCUUUUGAAGUUCCUGCUGGAAAGAAAGUGGCCAUUGUAGGAGGUAGUGGGUCAGGGAAAAGCACGAUAGUGAGACUGUUGUUUCGCUUCUACGAGCCUCAGAAGGGUAGCAUUUACCUUGCUGGUCAAAACAUACAAGAUGUGAGCCUGGAAAGCCUUCGGCGGGCAGUAGGAGUAGUACCACAGGAUGCUGUCCUCUUCCAUAAUACUAUUUACUACAACCUCUUAUAUGGAAAUAUUAGCGCUUCACCUGAAGAAGUAUAUGCAGUGGCAAAAUUAGCUGGACUUCAUGAAGCAAUCCUUCGAAUGCCACAUGGAUAUGACACCCAAGUAGGGGAACGAGGACUCAAACUUUCAGGAGGAGAAAAACAAAGAGUAGCAAUUGCAAGAGCCAUUUUGAAGGAUCCCCAAGUCAUUUUGUAUGAUGAAGCUACUUCGUCAUUGGAUUCAAUUACUGAAGAGGCUAUUCUUAGUGCCAUGAGGGAUGUGGUCAAACACAGAACUUCUAUUUUCAUUGCACAUAGAUUGUCAACAGUGGUUGAUGCAGAUGAAAUCAUUGUCCUGAAUCAGGGUAAAGUAGCUGAACGUGGUACCCACCAUGAUUUGCUUGCUAACCCAGGCAGUAUCUACUCAGAAAUGUGGCAUACACAGAGCAGCCGUGUGCAGAACUAUGAUAACCCAAAGUGGGGUGCAAAGAAAGAAAGUAUGUCCAAGGAGGAGGAAAGGAAGAAACUACAAGAAGAAAUUGUCAACAGCGUGAAAGGCUGUGGAAACUGUUCCUGCUAAGCCACAUGAGGCAUUUUCUGUUUUUGAUUUGGACUACGCAUUAAUUUGCACUGAAGCAGAAUUGUUGCAUUAAAAACAAAUGCAUACAUUCCCAUUUCUUAAACUCCUUCUUUCAUGUGAGAUUGAGCUAAAGUGGAAUUCGAGGCUUGCGUCUUUGACGUGGUAACUGUAUUUGUCCCCAAAUUAUCCAGAGUGUACUUAUUGGAUACUAUUUGACUAACUACCCCGAUACCUGUUUGAAAUCCCUAAUCUUAUAGAUCAGAUAUGAUUUCUUCAUUUGUGUAGUUUCUAACACUUGGGUAUGACAAUUGAGAGGGAAGGUGGCUGUUUCUUAAUAAGGUUCCUUGUUUCUUCUUCCCCCUUCUUCCAGUUAAAAUACAUCAUUGAUGUGAAAUGAAUAGAUAAGUAUAUUUAAAGACUUUGU